AUGCCGAAGCUUGUGUUUGCCAUCCUGCCCACUGUUGGCGGCAAGGUUCGCGAUGAGUACAUUGCCAAGCUGGCCGCCACGUCGGCCUACGCCAAGGCUCACGAGCCCGGCGUCCUCACGUACGCCGUCUGCCUGCCCCGCGACGAGGCCGACCAAAAGACCAUUUACAUGAUCGAGACCUACGCCGACCAGGGCGCCUUGGACGCCCACAUGCAAAUCGACCUCGUCAAGGACAUGAUUGCGUGGAUGGGCGGGCCCGCGCCGGUGCUGGAGGGCGCCCCCACCGUCCUCGCGCUCGACGUGGUCGACGACGGCGCUGGCAAGUUUGGCCUCUUUGCGCGGCCCGCGGGCGUGGCGGCCGCCGCCGACCCGUACAUUGUUGUCGGCGCGCUCGCGUACAAGGACGCCGCGCUGGCCGACAAGUCGCUGGCGUACUGGGCCGACGUGGCGGCGACGACCAGGGCGGACGAGCCGGGCUCCCUGGUGUACGCGCUGGCACGCAGCGCGGCGGAGCCGGCCAAGCUGUAUACGUUGGAGGCGUACGAGAGCGAGGCGUACCUCUGGGAGACGCACGCCAAGAGCGCGGCGGUGCAGAAAAACGUGGCCGACACCAAGGACUGGCGGGCCGGGCUGACGCACUACUUUGUGAAGCAGGUGCAUGGCUUCCUGGCGCGGUCCUAG